CGCGAUCUUAGAGCUUCCUUUGCGGACUAUUCAGAUUUGUCCUUUUGACACUCAAAUAAUAAAGAGAUUUAAUAAUAUUACACAUCAUUUCAAUUCUCUCUAAUUCUAGAUCUGCAGUUCCCCACUGCUUCAUCCAUACUUACUUCACAGUUGAUGGAUGAAACAGUUUAAUCCCUACUUCUCAGAAGCAUAAGCGGAAAUAAUGGAGGGAGAUAUUAGUGGUGGGGCUGCAGAUAAUCACACGGAAGAUGCUAACAAAACAAAGACACAGUUCAAUAACUUCAAUAUUGAGAGUAAUCAUGUAAAGGAGAACGGGAUUGAUGAUAGUUACCAACAUACAGGUGAUAGCCAUGAUGAUCUUGUACAAAUGCUCGUAGAACUUAAUUUCCAGAAUGAAUAUCUGAAAUCUCAGAUUGUGGGAUGGCAAAACAUCGACACUUAUUCCGAUGAAUCUGGUCAACAAAUUAAAGCAGUUGUGCAUGAAAAUGGGGCAACUCAUAAUUCAGAAGACCUUAAUGAGAAGAUUGAAUCUUUGAAUAGGGAACUUUUGGAGGAAAAGCAAACACGAGGUGCUGCGGAGGAAGCACUAAAGCAUCUUCAAACACUAUAUUUAGAAGCAGACACAAAGGUCCAAGAGUUGUCUGCCAAAGUUGCUGAAGUACAAGAUAAGAUGGAUCAGGAAAUAAAAGAACGUGACGAGAAGUACUCAGAGCUAGACUCAAAGUUCAAUAGACUUCACAAACGAGCAAAGCAGCGUAUUCAAGAGGUGCAGAAGGAAAAAGAUGAUCUCGAGGCCCAGUUUCGUGAUGUCAAUGAGAAAUCUGAGCGUGCGUCCUCUCAACUGUCUGCAUUGCAGCAAGAGUUGGAACGCAAUCGACAACACGCUCAGGAGGCAUUGAAAGCAAUGGAUUUGGAUAGGCAACAGUUAAGAAGUACAAACAACAAGCUCAGAGACGACAUUGAAGAGCUGCGCCGUUCUUUGGCACCAAAAGAUAUUGCUCUGGAGGCAUCACAACAGGCACUUGUAGAGAAAGAGCAGAAAUUGGAAGAGAUGCGAGCAUUGCUGCAGGCAGCAGAUGAGAAGAGGCAAGCUUUACUUGACGACCUCUCUUCAAAGCACCAGAAGCAAAGAGAGAGUCUGGAUGCCCAAAUUACUGAGGCAUUGGCUGAAAGAAACAAAGCAACUGAAACAAUUUCUUCUCUGCGGGCUCUGAUUGCAGAGAAGGAGUCUAAGAUUGCAGAGAUGGAUGCAGCUUCCACUGGCGAAGCAGCAAGACUUAGAGCUGCUGUUGAAACUGUUAAAGGAGACAUUAUUCAUCUGAAAAGCGAACACGAGAAAGAAAAAGAGAGCUGGGAAACCACCUGCCAUUCACUUAGAACAAAGCUGGAGAUUGCUGAGAGUAACUGCAUCCGUGCUGAGAUUGAAGCAGCAAAAUUUAGAAGUCAACUGGAGUCAGAAUUAUCUGCUCAGUCUCAGGUAUUAAACUCAAAAGAGGCUGAAUUGAUGGCGGCCAAAGAAGAGAUCAGUCGCACUCAAAGUGAAUUUUCGUCUUACAAGUCUCGUGCUCACGCACUUCUGCAGCGAAAGGAUGCUGAAUUGGCUGCUGCUAGAGACAACGAACAACUUAAAGCACUUGAGGAAGCAUUGAAGGAAGCUGAGAAAGAGCUAACGUCGGUCUCUUCUGAAAGGGAUAAAGCCCUUCAAGAUCUAAAGGACACUUCAGCUAAUCAUGAGAAGGAACUUUCAGACAGAGAUGAAGCUCUGCGUGCUACAGAGCAACAGAUCAGAAGCAUGGAAAUGAAGCUGAAUUCUGCUUUUUCUGCCCACCAAAAAGAGAAGGAAGCAUGGGAAAUAAACCUUCAAAAUGUGGAAGAAACAUGGCGAUUGAGAUAUGAUGCAUUUAAAGCAGAGAGUGUGGUUACCUCUGGUGAUAAUGCUCAAAAAGAACUAGAGGACCUCAAACUAAGCUGUAAAAAGUUGAAGGAAGAGCUUGAUUCUUUUCGUGACCUUGCUGAUAAGAUGAUUGAGGAGAAGGACAAUGAGAUCUCUAGACUUCUAGAUGAUAACGAGAACCUUCGCAACAAACUUCAGUCUAAAUCUUUUGCCGAUUACACUGGAAAUUCAAAUACAGUGUAUGACAAGCAGGAUCCUCCGAAUUCGACUACCUCAGCUGCUGAGCAGCAGAUUCUAGUUUUGGCAAGACAACAAGCGCAAAGAGAAGAAGAGCUUGCUCAAUCACAACGUCACAUUCUAGCACUUCAAGAGGAGAUAGAAGAGCUCGAACGUGAAAAUCGUCUCCACAGCCAGCAGGAAGCUAAGUUGAAAGAGGAGCUUAGGAACAUGGAUAGAUCACAGAAGAGGGAAGGGGUAGAUAUGACGUAUCUUAAGAAUGUCAUUCUAAAACUUCUCGAGACAGGUGAAGUGGAGGCUCUAUUACCUGUGGUUGCAAUGCUUCUCCAGUUCAGCCCUGAGGAGAUGCGGAAGUGCCAGCAAGCAUAUCGCUCCUCUUUAGAAGCUCAAGCCAGCCCUGCAAAAGAUACUUCUGGAUCUGGGAGCUCACUGUUUUCUAGAUUCUCAUUCUCUUAAUAGCCAUUAUGAUGGCUGUAGAGAUGCUACCCAAACGUUGUCUAAUCCAGCUUCAAGUAGAUUGGAUAGUCUGGAGCAGACGUGGAAGGACAGUAGAGGAAAUUUUUGUGUUCUCAUGUAAUUAACAAAGAAUGCCUUGUCAAAGAAUUUUUUUGUUGUAUAGAACUGAUCCAAAAGAAGAACAAAACACAAGCAAUACGAGAUACAGGGCAAGAGUAGAGCAUCUUUCGUUCUUCACAUGAAUUGUAUACCAGAGGUAUUUCGUUCUCCCAUUUUUCUUUUGGGUGUAGAGAAAGAGGGAAGAACGCAUUUGUGAAAUUCAUGAAAUAAUAGUGUAAGAGUUAUUCUGAGUUUACUUUUACUUUGUGGAUUGCCAGAGGUAUUUUAGGUUACCGCUGUAAAGUCAUUGCUUCAAGACAUCUAAACGUUUGUAUAAGAAGUAUUCAAAGUUGUAAUUACGAGAAGCUUUAACACUGGAUUUAUAUUA